GUGCAGCCUGCGUCUGGCCAGUUUGGGACGCGCGUGACGAUCAACGGGACGAACCUGCUUGGAGGCGGGUCGUCUGCUGCGACUGUGCGGCUUGGCGGCGUUGCGGCGAUGGUUGUGUCUGGGACGUCGACGGAGGUGGUUGUUGUUGCUCGGAGCGGGAGCGCCGGUGUUGGCGACGUUGAGAUUGUGGCUGACACGGGGGCUGUUGUGAGCAAGAGCAACGCGUGGGAGCAGCUUGAGGAUGGCGUGAUUACGAGCGUUGUUCCGGCGCAGGCGCAGAAGGAUGCGCGCGUGACGAUCCAAGGUGCGCGGCUGCUGGGCGGCGGCCAGGACAUUGCGCGGGCUGUGCUUGCUGGCGUUGAUGCGACGUACGAGAGCGGGAGCGGCAGCGACACGGAGGUAGUUGUUGUGGCUGCGCUUGGCACGGCUGGUGCGAACGGCAGCGUGCUGCUUGUUGCUGACACUGGCGCCGAGGUGUCUCUUUCGCUCGGGUUUGAGUAUGUUGCGCGCGGGAGCAUCAGCAGCGUGGAGCCGAGCACGGGCUCUGCGGGGACGCUUGUGACGAUCAGCGGCAGCAACCUGCUGAGCGGCGGCGCGAGCAUUGAGGGCGUGACGCUCGCUGGUGUUGCAGCUGCACAGGUUGUGAGCGGCAACGACACGGUGAUUGUUGUUGAGGCAGGACAGCAGUCGAGUGCGGUGAGCGGGAUGGUUGUGACGACCUCUGACACUGGCUCGACGAGCGUGCUGUCGAGUGGGACGGCGUUUACGUACAUUGCGCCCCCGAGCAUCGACACUGUGUCGCCUGCGAGCGGGCAGGAAGGGACGCGCGUGACGCUGAGCGGGCAGAACCUGCUGUGCGGCGGGUCGAGCGUGCGCACUGUGACGCUUGCGGGCGUUGCUGUUGGCACGGUUGUGAGCGAGAGCGACACGUCUGUUGUUGUUGACGCUGCGCCCGGUGCUGCUGGCAAUGGCAGUGUGCGGAUUGAGGCUGACACGGGGGCGUUUGUUGAGCUUGCUGAUGGCUGGACGUACAUUGAGGCUGGCAGCGUAAGCAGCGUUGAGCCUGCGACUGGGCAGCGUGGGUCUGUUGUUGUGAUCCGCGGGACGAACCUGCUUGGCGGCGGCAGCGACGUGUCGAGCGUGACGCUUGCCGGCGUUGAGGUGACGUCGAUUGACAGCGCCAACGCGACGGUUGUCGUUGUUGUUGCUGGCGGCCGGAGCACGGCUGGCGCUGGGGACGUUGUGCUGAUGUCUGACACGCGGGCGACGGUGACUGCGAGCGGGGCGUUUACGUACCUGGAGCCUGGCAACAUCACGAGCGUGAGCCCGAGCGUGGGCCAGGACGGCACGCGGGUUGUGAUUGAGGGCGAGCGGCUGCUUGGCGACGGGGACAAUGUGAUGAGCGUGACGCUGGCUGGGGUUGCGGCGACGGUGACUGGCGCGUCGCAGAGCCAGAUCAACGUGACGGCGCAUGCGUCGACGGCCAAGACGGGCGACGUCGUUGUUGUUGGCAACACGGGCAUCAUUGUGAGCAGCACCAACGCGUGGACGUUUGGCACGCCUGGUUACGUUGAGGGUGUUGAUCCUGGGCGUGGUGUUGCUGGCACGGAAGUGCUGAUCUAUGGCAACAACCUCCGUGGCUCUGGGUCGCGCGUGGCGAGCGUGAUGCUUGGCGGCGUUGAGGCGCAGAUUCUGGAGCAGACCAACUUCUUUGUGCGGGCUGUGGCCGGGAGCGGCGGCGUCGCUGGUGUUGGCGGCGUUGAGCUGACCGCUGACACGGGCGCGCUGGUGACCCGCGGCAACCUGUGGGAGUAUGUGGCUGAUGGCAACGUGACUUUGGUUGAGCCUGUGCAGGGCACGACUGAUACGUUGGUGACGCUGCGCGGCACUUCGCUCCGCUCUGGUGGGGAGUCUGUUGCGCAGGUGCUGCUUGCUGGCCUUGCUGCGACCAUUGUGUCUGAGAACGACACUGUGGUUGUGGUGCGUGCAAGCGCGCCGCAGGUGAGCACCAACUUCUCUGGCUCUGUUGUGCUUGUGAGCGAGAACGGUGCUCGGUUGACUGCGGAUUCCACCUUCACGUACGUUGCGGCGAGCACCAUCUACAGUGUGCAGCCGAGCAGUGGCCAGGCCGGCACGCGCGUGACCAUUGGUGGUGUUUCCCUGCUUGGCGGCGGAACUGGCGUGACUGUGAUGUUUGGCAACACUGCUGCUAGCGUGCAGGUGCAAACGAGCACGCAAGUUGUGGCUGUUGCUGGCGCUGCGAGCGCUGGUGUCGUGGAUGUGAUGCUGCAAAGUAACACUGGCAGCAGCGUUGUGCGACGCCGCGGGUUCCGUUACACGGCUGCGGCGAGCGUGACUGACAUCACACCGCCGAGCGGCCAGGUUGGGACGCGGGUGACGAUUGUUGGCAGCGGUCUGCUUGCGGGCGGCAGCAGCGUGUCGAACGUGACGCUGGCCGGGGUAGCUGCGGAGAGCGUUGUGAGCGCCAACGACACGAGCGUCGUUGUAGUUGCAGGGAGCGGCAGUCCCGGGAACGGCAGCGUGACGGUGACGGCGGACACGGGUGCGUCGUACAGCAGCGACAGCGUGUGGACGUAUGUUGAGGCGAGCACGAUUGACAGCUUUGCACCUGUGACUGGCCAGGAGGGCACGUAUGUGACGAUCCGUGGGCAGCGGCUGUUUGGCGGCGGCAGCACGGUUUCGCGCGUUGCGCUUGCUGGCGUGGAUGCUGCGGUGCAGGCUGGCGGCAACAGCACGUAUGUAGUGGCGCGUGCAGCAGCGAGCGUUGCUGGCGCAGGCCGUGUUGUGGUUGAGAGCGACACUGGAGCGCGGGCUGUUGCGACGGGCGACUUUACGUAUGCGGACGCGGGCGUUGUGACGACGCUGAUGCCAGCGAGCGGGCAGCGCGGGACGCGUGUGACGAUUGUUGGCGAGCGGCUGCUUGGCGGCGCGAUGUCGCCGGCUGUUGUGCGGCUUGGCGGCCGCGCUGUGAUGAGCGUUGUGAGCGCCAACUCGACCAUGGUUGUGGUGCGGGCGUCGAACGGCACGGUUGGCACGGGCGACGUUGAGAUUGAGUCUGUGAGCGGGGCCAUUGUGCGCGGCGUUGGGCUGUGGGAGCAGCUUGCCGAGGGCCAGGUGACGGGCGUGUCGCCAUCACGCGGAGUGAGUGGCACGCGCGUGACCAUCACGGGCACGAGUUUGCUUGGCGGCGCGACGUCGCUGGCAAGCGUGACACUGAACGGGGUCAGCGCCAACAUCACGGGAACGCCGAGCAACACGCAGGUUGAGGUUGUUGCUUUGACUGGCACGGCAGGCGUUGGCGCGGUUGUGCUGACAGCGGCAAGCGACGCGUUUGUGCAGCUGGCUGACGGGUUUGAGUACCUGGAGCCGGGCAACGUGACGCUUGUGUCGCCGAGCUCUGGCCAGGUUGGAACGCGGGUGCAGAUCCGAGGCGAGCGGCUGCUGUCUGGGGGCAGCACGGUGGAGCGUGUGCUGCUGGGCGGCGUGCCCGUGAGCUCGAUCAACGAGACGCAGAGCAACACGCUGAUUGAGGCUGUUGCUGCGCGCGGGGCGGCGACGAACGGAGCAGUGGACGUUGUGCUUGAGAUUGACACUGGUGCCGUGGUGCGCGCGCCUGCUGCGUGGGAGUACCUGGCUGAAGGCGUGGUGACGGCGGUGACGCCCGACUCUGGCGUGUCUGGCACGCAGGUGACGAUCAACGGCACCAACCUGUUGGGCGGCGGCAGCAGCGUAUCGUCGCUGCUGUUUGGCGGCGUUGCCGUGGAGCGCGUGGUGUCUGUGAGCGCUGAGUCGAUUGUGGCCGUGCUUGGCACCGGCAUGUCUGGCGUGCUUGACGUUGAGAUUGUGUCGAACACGGGAGCCGCGGUGAGCGGCAGCGGCGUGUUCACGUAUCUUGGCGAUGCGCGGAUCAUCCUUGUGGAGCCACCGCGUGGCCAGCUCGGCACGCGCGUGACGAUUACCGGCACCAACCUGCUUGGUGGCGGCAGUGCGGUUCAGAACGUGACGAUUGGUGGCGUGGGCGUGUUGGAGGUUGUUUCGGGCACCGCCACGCAAGUGGUUGUGCGCGCAGGCGCCAACAGCAACCUGGGCCUGAGCACGAUUGAGAUCACGUCUGACAGCGGGGCGCGCGUGAGUCGCACGGAGACGUGGGUGUAUGAGGUGGCCAGCGCCAUCACGGACGUGACGCCGAUGGCAGGCCAGCGGGGCACGGUUGUGCACAUUUCUGGUGUGCGGCUGCUGGGCAACAACCCAGUGAGCGGGACGCAGAUCACGACGGUGCUGCUUGGCGGACGGCCGGCGGCGGAGGUGCGUGUGAGCAACGCCACGGACGUGAUUGCGGUGGCGCAGAACGGGACUGUUGGCGUUGGCGACGUGCUGCUUGAGGCGUCGAACGGCGCCCGGACGGUUGGUGCUGGGCUGUGGGAGUACCUGCAGGACAGCGCCGUCACGGCGGUUGUGCCUUCUGUGGGCCAGGUGGGCACGCGCGUGGACAUUCGCGGCGAGCGCCUGCUUGGCGGCGGCAGCAGCAUCACCUCUGUGACGCUGGCCGGGACACCUGCGAUGGUUGUGAGCGGCAACGACAGCGUGGUGAGAGUGGUGGCUGCGUCUGCAACGGCGGGCACGGGCGACGUUGUUGUGACGUCUGACAGUGGCGCGUAUGCUACAAGCAGCGGCGGGUGGAUGUACGCUGUUGCGAGCGCCAUUGGCAGUGUGACGCCGGCACAAGGCCAGGCAUCGACCGUUGUGACGAUUGCGGGCACGAACCUGCGCGGCAGUGGUGCAGCUGUUGCUUCUGUGACGCUGGUCGGGCAGGAGGCGACGAUCCUGAGCGAGUCUGAUACGCAGGUUGUUGUGCGGGCGGCCGUGUCUGCGCCUGGGCAGGGCGAUGUGAUUGUGACGUCGAGCAGCGGCGCGUACAGCACGCUUGUGAAUGGCUUCACGUAUGUGGAGGUUGGCACUGUGGACGUUGCUGUGCCAAGCAGUGGCCGCGAGGGAACGCGGGUGACCAUCAACGGCACGUCUCUGCGUGGCGGUGGUGCAUCUGUUGCCAAUGUGACUGUGGUUGAUGUUCCGGCAACGAUUGUGAGCGAGAACGACACUGAGGUUGUGGUCGUGCUUGGUCAGGGCGUGGAUGCGAUUACAGUGGGCAACAUUGUUGUGACAUCGUCCAAUGGCGCGAUCAUCACCAAGGUGAACGCGUUCACGUACGUUGACUAUGGCGAGAUUCUGACGGUGGAUCCGAGCUCGGGACAGGCUGGCACUGUUGUGAACAUUGCUGGUGUGAACCUGUGCGGCGGAGGGUCGGCUAUUGCGGCUGCGACGCUUGCUGGGUUUGAGGCGACGGUGGUGAGCGACAACUGCAACCUUCCGCGCCUUGAGGCUGGCGAUCUUGGGGCAAGCACGGUUGGCGAUGUUGUUCUCAUUGCGGACACGGGCGCUGUUGUUGUGGCGACCAAUGCCUGGGAGCAGCUGUCUGCGGGCAACAUCACGUCUGUGUCGCCGGGAACAGGCCAAGCGGGCACGCUUGUGACGAUCCGCGGCACCAACAUCCUGGGUGGCGGGAGCAGUGCGACGUCCAUCUCAUUGAGCGGGGUGCCUGCGUCCAUUGUGGGCACACCGACAUCGACACAGGCGGUUGUGCGCGUGAACCCUGGGCCAAACAGCCGCAGCGAGGCUGUUGGAGACGUGACCAUUGUUGGCAACAACGGGGUGACGGUGCGCAAGCUGGAUGCGUGGACAUACAGUGUUGUGGACAGCAUCUCGCCUGGCUCUGGCCAGGGCGGCACGCGCGUGACGAUUGACGGUGUUGGGCUGCUCGGUGGUGGCACGGAUGCCACGGCUGUGCGGCUGGGCACUGUGUCAGCGACAGCCAUUGAGCUUGCCACGGCGUCGCGCGUCGUUGUGCGCGCGGGGGCCAACACCAACACGGCUGACACGAACGUGACUGUGACGAUUACGGCUGACAACGGGCAGACUGUGGAGAGUGUGACGGGUGCUGACGGCAGCAUCCGCGCCGAGUUCCUGUACAAGGUCGCUGGAAGCAUCAGCAGCGUGAGCCCGGCGCAGGGGCAGGUGAACACGAGCGUGACGAUCCGCGGCACGAACCUGUUUGGGUACGGCGCGUCGCUUGCGAGCGUGUCGCUUGCGAGUGUGCCGGCAAGCAUUGUGACCCAGAACAACAGCGUUGUUGUUGUUGAGGCUGGCGCGUCGAUGGCGACGGCAGUGUCUGCGGUUGAGCUUGUUGCUGACACUGGCGCUGUUGUGAGCCUGUCAUCGUCGUGGCGGUAUGUUGCGCCCUCGAGCAUCAGCGGAGCAACGCCUGGUGUUGGGCAGGGUGGCACGCGGGUGACGGUGACGGGUGUGUCGCUGCUUGGCGGCGCGACGACGCUGCGGGACGUGACGCUUGCUGGCGUGUCUGUGCGCGAGAUUGUGUCGUUCAACGACACGCAGGUAGUGGUGGUUGCGGCAGCGCACGGGAGCGCGGUGUCUGGGGAUGUUGUGGUGCAGUCUGCCAACGGGGCGUUUGUGAGCCUGGUUGGCGGGUUCAACUACAGCGAGCCUGGUGCUGUUGCGAGUGUGAGCCCCGACAGCGGACACGCGGGGACGCGCGUUGUGAUUGAGGGCACACGGCUGCUCGGGAGCGGGUCGAGCCUUGUGUCUGUGACGCUGGGCGGCGUGAGCGUGGCUUCGAUUGUGAGCGGGAACAACACGCGCGUUGUUGUGGUUGCGGCUGCUGGGAGCGCCGGUGCUGGGGACGUUGUUCUGACGGCCAACACUGGUGCGGAGGUGAUUGCGACUGGCGGGUUCACGUAUGUGGCCGCGGGCGCGAUUGACCAGGUGCAGCCUGCGUCUGGCCAGUUUGGGACGCGCGUGACGAUCAACGGGACGAACCUGCUUGGAGGCGGGUCGUCUGCUGCGACUGUGCGGCUUGGCGGCGUUGCGGCGAUGGUUGUGUCUGGGACGUCGACGGAGGUGGUUGUUGUUGCUCGGAGCGGGAGCGCCG